GCCCUGCCCUGCCCCACUCUGUCCCACUCAUAAUUUCAGAUGGGAUGGGGGCUUGGGGGGGACCCAACACAACCCGCCCCACGGGAAACCCCACCUCUUCUCUCUGCUUCCUGGUUUGUGAGAGGAAUGGAAGGAGAUGCCUCCCCAGCCCCAGCGCGAGCACCCUUCCGGCAGACUUCAACAUCUCAAGCGUCUCUGGUCUGCUGUCCCCCGCGCUGACAGAGAGCCUGCUGGUGGCUUUGCCCCCCUGUCACCUCACAGCUGGCAAUGCCACACUGAUGGUCCGGAGAGCCAAUGACAGCAAAGUGGUGAAAUCUAGCUUCGUGGUGCCUCCGUGCCGCGGCCGCCGGGAGCUGGUGAGUGUGGCGGACAGUGGGGCCGGCUUCACGGUCACCAGGCUCAGUGCCUACCAGGUGACAAACCUCGUGCCAGGAACCAAAUACUACAUUUCCUACCACGUGACCAAGGGGGCAUCCGCUGAGUCCAGUAGAGAGAUCCCAAUGUCCACACUUCCUCGGAGGAAGAUGGAGUCCAUCGGGCUGGGCAUGGCCCGGACGGGGGGCAUGGUGGUCAUCACAGUGCUGCUCUCUGUCGCCAUGUUCCUGCUGGUCGUGGGCUUCAUCGUCGCGCUGGCCCUGGGCGCCCGGAAGUGAGGAGGCUCACCGGGCAGCAGGCCUCUGGAAGGUCCCGGAAGGUCCGGGAGGGUCUGCUGUCUGUCUCCCCAGCCCCCGCCUUGGCCUCCGUGCCUGCCUGCGCCCCAGGCCUCCACCAGGAGACUUUGGCCCUUUUCCGCCCCCUGCCCCCCCAGUGCCUCCCCGUCUCUCCACACUUCCUAUAACCCCUCACCCCACUCGUGUCAGAAUUGAUGCUGCUGCCGCUUCACCUCUUUAAUCUCCCCUCGCUCUCAACGAUUCCCUCCCUCAGUGAUGGAAGUGUCCACAGUAAAGUCCUGUGCCGCCUC